AAUAUAAGUUGCUGAUGCUGCACAUUGUUCACUCAGUACGGAAGAGAACGAGAGUCACGUUUGUCACACAGAGUUUGGUGUUUUAUUUUAGAGAAACUCUUGUCAAAGUUGAUCAUGUGGGACGUUCUGCUGCUCUUUUCCAGCAUCUGUACAGCUGUUGUUGUAGAAGCUCGAGUUACAGUUACAGGAUACAGAGGAGAGAGAGUUGAUAUCAGAUGCCCAUAUGAAUCUGGAUAUGAAUCAAAUCCAAAGUAUUUUUGUAGAGGCGAGUGUUUAUUGAUAACUAGCACCAUAGUUAAAACAGGAUCUCCAGCUCAAGACGAGAGAUUCUCUCUGAUUGACGACAAGAAGAAGAGAGUUUUCACCGUGACCAUCACUGAUCUGAGCACAGAGGAUGAAGGAAAAUACUGGUGUGUUGUGGAGAGGCCUUUAUCUCGUUAUUUGACUUUAACUGAUAUCUUCUCAGAGAUGUUUCUGAAGGUUAAACUGGAUAGAAAUGCCACUGAAGUUUCAACGAUCAGCUCAUUUUCAGUCAGGAGUGAAUCAGAAAUGAAUCCGUCCAGCAGAAUCACAGACCAUCAGAUCUCCUCAAUAGGUUCAGAUGGGAUUACUGUCACUGCAGAGGCUUUGGUUUUACUCCUGAUAGCAGUUCCACUUAUUAUAGAGUCUGUCUGCUGGAAGAGUUUAAUCCAGUGUUUUAUGAACAGAUCAAAGACGCUGAAUGUCACUGUGAUCCAGAGGACAGAGACACAGAAACAACUAAUAUAAUAUAAUAUAAUAUAAUAUAAACAUAUUAAAAACCAAGAGAACCAUCUCCAUCCUUCUGGUGGAUUAAUUAUAUAUUAUUUUACCAUGCUAAUAAAUCAUAAUCAAGCUUGUUUUGUCUGUUUUUUUUUAUUGUGAUUGUCAUUGUUGCUGCAGUUUUACAGUUGAUCCUGAUAUAUUUACAGCUGAUGUUUACAAAUAUGGAUCAUAUAAAUAUAA